UAAUGGUGGCUUUGCUCUUGUGGUGGGAUAUAAAUACAGAGAGAAAAGCAGUACUAAAAGCAAAAUAAAAUUAAGGAGAAGAUCCAUAUGGCUCUUACAAAACUCCAUCACUACAACUCAUCAUCUGCAUCUACCUCUAAACCUUCACUUGGUUUCCUCUCGCUCACCAAAUUUUCAUCUUCCAAGUUCAAUAUUGGGGUGGCUCACUUCCGCUUUAGGAAGGUACAAAAUGUGAAGAUGUCCAAUAUGCAGGGUCCUCCCCACUAUGAAGCAGAUGAGAAGGCACAAGUGUGGAAUUCGAUGGAAGACUGGAUAAGGGACAGCAUUUUGCCCAUCCUAAAACCCAUUGAGAAAUCUUGGCAACCACAACAAUUGUUGCCAGACCCUGCUUCAGAUGGGUUUGUGGAGCAAGUCAAAGAGCUGAGAAGCAGGGCCAAGGAACUCCCUGAUGAUUACUUCGUGGUGUUGGUGGGCGAUAUGAUCACGGAAGAAGCCCUCCCAACAUAUCAAGCUCGUUUGACAGUCUGCAAUGGAGUUCUGGACGUGAGUGGUGCGGAUGAGUCGCCAUGGACAACUUGGACAAGAGCUUGGAGUGCGGAAGAGAAUAGGCAUGGUGAUCUUCUCAACAAGUAUCUCUACCUAUCCGGACGAGUCGACAUGCAACAAGUGGAGAAGACCAUUCAAUAUCUCAUUGCCUCGGGGAUGAAAGUUGGAAUUGGAACGAAUCCAUACUGCGGAUUGAUAUACACAGCAUUUCAAGAAAGAGCAACAUUCAUCUCCCAUGCAAACACUGCAAAGCUGGCGAUGAAGCAUGGAGACUCAAAGCUUGCUCAAAUAUGCGGCACAAUCGCGUCGGACGAGAAGAGACAUGAAAGCGCCUAUUCGAAGAUUGUAGGUAAGAUGUUGGAGGUGGAUCCAGAUGGAAUAAUGGUGGCUUUUGGGUACAUGAUAAGGAAGAAGAUCACCAUGCCAGCACAUUUUAUGUACGAUGGCCAUGACCAAUAUCUGUUUGGACACUUUACCAAUAUUGCCUCUAGAAUUGGAGUGUAUACGACCAUGGACUAUGUGGAAAUUCUGGAGCAUUUAUUGGAAAAAUGGAAGGUAGCCAAGCUAACAGGGCUUUCCAGCGAGGGUCGGAAGGCUCAGGAUUAUGUGUGUGGGUUGCCUGAGAGAUAUAGAAAGCUUGAAGAAAGAGCUCAGUCCACUAUCAUCGCUAAAACUGAUUUUGUUCCCUUCAGCUGGAUUUUUGACAGACAAGUUCUCGCUUGACCAAUGUAUGACAAGCUACUACUUCAUGCAUGCCAUUACUUUAUAUUUUCUUACGAAAUUGCGCACUCGCGCCCCAAAACACACACACAAACACAUGUGCUUAAUUAGUUAAUUUGCAAUAUCAUUGAUAUUUAAUUAUUGUCCGAGGAUAUCAAUAAUUCAUAAUCUGGUUCCAAUCAGA